CCUAAGAAACAGAACAAGAGUAGAAAGACAGGCAGCUAGCUGUAAGACAACAAACAGCCUAACCAGAGAAUAAGGAAGAACACACCGGGGAAAUAAGCACACCAUAACAAGAAUAAUACACGUUGACAACAAAGACAAUUGGGCAUGAAAUACAUGUGAGGGAACGUUACCGCUGCAAGAGAAAUAAGUGUUGGAAAACUGUGGGAGUGAGGGAUCAGAAGAACCGUGUCCGGGUCUACAUCUGUGCGUGAGGUGUGUGUGUGUAUCCUGGCUCGCUCCACCAUGUGGCCGCUGUUCAGCGUGUGUGUGUUCGGUUUGCUGGGGUUCAUCAGUGGCCAGGACCACGCUGCUCACUGGAGGGGGAACGACCGGAGCGGACGCUGCCAGUACACCUUCACCGUACCCAGCCCCAGCGAGGCCAGCUGCCCCCCUGCAGUGACCGGAGGACCGGAGAUGGAGGGGCUCAAGGCCAGACUCAGCCUGCUGGAGGUGCUGGUGACCAGGCUGACUGGAGAAGGGAAGGGGGGUCCCGGGUCUGGGUCCCGGUCCCUGAAGGAUCUGCAGACAGCUCUGACCCAGACUAUGGGAGAGAGGAGCCAGCUGCUGGCUGAGAAGGAGCGUCUGCAGAGGGAUGUGGAGGAGCUGCAGAAGAGGAUGGAGGACAUGAGGAGGGAGACUGAGAGACUGAGGAGCAGGCCCUGUCACCCCCAAACGCCUCCGGUACAACCCAACGCCCCUCUGCAGGACAGAGGAGUACGAACAGCCGGAGGUGCUGCUGUUCUCUCUCACCUGGUGUCUGGUCAUGGGACACAACGGGACACUGGCAGCCUGAGAGACCCAGCAUGGCAGUAUGGUGGAAGUCUAGCGUUCCAGGAGAUGAAGGCUGAUGUUACUGAGGUUCCGGCUCCUAGUCCUGUAGGCUCAGAAGACAGGACAGAUUGUGGGGAGCUGUUAUCAAUAAGUGAGCCUGUGUCCCAUCGCAUGGCUGACAGUAUAGCUGGAAAAUACGGGGUUUGGAUGCAGGACCCAGAGGCUGUAUCCCCCUACGGAGGAAAUAUGGUCUGGCGCAUCGAUACAGUGGGAACGGAAGUCAGACAGCUGUUUGGUUACGAGGAUAUGGAUCAACUCUCUAAAGGCUUCCCUACCAAGGUGUUGCUGUUGCCGGAGUCCGUGGAGAGCACAGGGGCGACCAUGUACCGCGGCUCUCUGUACUACCAGCGUCGCCGCAGUCGCACCCUGUUGAGAUUCGACCUGGCGACUGAGAGCAUCGCCGCCCGCCGAGACCUGCCCCACGCUGGCUUCCAUGGCCAGUUCCCCUACUCCUGGGGGGGCUACACCGACAUCGACCUGGAGGUGGACGAGCAGGGGCUUUGGGUUGUCUACAGCACCAGCAAGGCCAGAGGAGCCAUUGUGAUCAGCAAGCUGGACCCCAACAGCCUGGAGGUGAAUAGGAGCUGGGAGACCAGUAUCAGGAAGAACAGCGUGGCCAACGCCUUCGUCAUCUGUGGUCGCCUGUACACGUUGGCCAGCUACACCGCGCCCAACACCACCGUCAACUUCAUGUUCGACACGGCUACGGGUCAGGGAAAUCCGAUGUCUCUGCCCUUCAGGAAUAAGUACCGCUACAACAGCAUGGUGGGCUACAAUCCUGCCCAGAGAAAGCUGUACGCCUGGGACAACUUCCACAUGGUCUCCUACGACGUCACUCUGGGGCGCCAGUAGAGGAACUGAGGAGGGCUUCUCGUAGGAACCAAACACAGUUCACUGUCUCCUUUAAAGACUGACAGCUUUAGAGCAGCUAGCGUGGUAGUUAGUGGUUAUGUUCUUCACCACCUUCAUAAACGUAUUGGUCCUGUAGUUAGCUGAACUGGCCACAGCAACGAUUCAGACGAAGGGUUAUGAAUGUAACCCUCCUCCAGGCACUUUGUUUUAGUGGGAAGGUUUUUGCCGUGGCACAGUCCACAAAUAUUUUUCUAGAGGAAUUAUUUUUCUACCGUUUAGUGAUCAGAGUUGUGUCUUGAUGUAUAGUGUUGAGAGGUGGAACGGCGGG